GGGAUGGGGAGCGCCAGGGGCUGGCUUCAGCGAGUUCAAGAGGGGGACAAAAGCUCGGCUGCCAUACAGAAACCUAGGUUUGAGUGCGAGCCUGCCAAGGCGGCCAGCAGCAAGAGGAGAAGGGGGGUCUGCUGUGGUCGGCACGGAGACCAUAGCUGGAAGCCAAACGCAGGCUGUUGGCGAGAAGCACUAGCUCCCUCCGCCAGCCCACUCGCUGCGGGGAGGGGUUUCUCACGCCCCCUGCUCCUGGGUGACUGCACCGGAGGUCGGAAGGAAGCGGAGCGAGGGAUGAGUCAUCCCGCCUAAUUCCUCCUUCCGGGUCCCCUCGCCAACGCACGCCAGCCCCCUCCUGAGAUCAUGCAGCAGGGAAUGAAGACUCGGUUCAUCCUCAGGAGUCCUCCACGAAACCCCCUGUGGCCUGCGGAGGAGAGGAGAAGGACGGGGCUUGUGACCAAUGAGAGCUUUGCUCUGCCGCCCGUCGUCCAAUAGGCAGUAGUUUACAGGUCGGGGCGGGACUUAGGAGGGCAGGAGGGGGCGGUUUGGGGCUGGCGCGCGGCGCCGCGUUUCUAUAGCUCACCGAGUGCCUGGUAGGGAGUCCGCGCCUAGGCGACGCGGGAAGGCGCCGCUGCCGCCGCUGCCGCCGCUGCUGGCCAAGGUGCUGGACACGACAGGCCAGUCGGCCACCUCGCCAGCUCAGUCGCCCGUUGCAGCCGCCGCUGCCUCGCUUCCCGCCGGGUCCCCAUGGAAGAGAUGGAAGAAGAGUUAAAAUGCCCCGUGUGCGGGUCCUUCUACCGGGAGCCUAUCAUCCUGCCCUGCUCUCACAAUAUUUGUCAGGCGUGUGCCCGCAACAUCUUGGUGCAAACCCCAGAGUCUGAGUCUCCCCAGAGCCGUAGGGCCUCGGGCUCCGGGGUCUCUGACUAUGACUACCUGGACUUGGACAAGAUGAGCCUGUACAGCGAGGCGGACAGCGGCUAUGGCUCCUACGGGGGUUUCGCCAGCGCCCCUACGACCCCGUGCCAGAAGUCUCCCAACGGCGUCCGCGUGUUCCCCCCGGCUAUGCCGCCACCGGCCACCCACCUGUCACCGGCCUUGGUCCCAGUGCCCCGCAACUCCUGUAUCACCUGUCCCCAGUGCCACCGCAGCCUCAUCCUGGAUGACCGGGGGCUCCGCGGCUUCCCCAAGAACCGCGUCCUGGAAGGGGUAAUAGACCGCUACCAGCAGAGCAAAGCCGCGGCCCUCAAGUGCCAGCUCUGCGAGAAGGCGCCCAAGGAGGCUACUGUCAUGUGCGAACAGUGUGAUGUCUUCUACUGCGAUCCGUGCCGCCUGCGCUGCCAUCCGCCCCGGGGGCCCCUAGCCAAGCACCGCCUGGUGCCCCCGGCCCAGGGCCGCGUGAGCCGGCGGCUGAGCCCGCGCAAGGUCUCCACCUGCACAGACCACGAGCUGGAGAACCACAGCAUGUACUGCGUGCAGUGCAAGAUGCCCGUGUGUUACCAGUGCUUGGAGGAGGGCAAACACUCCAGCCACGAAGUCAAGGCUCUGGGGGCCAUGUGGAAAUUGCACAAGAGCCAGCUCUCCCAGGCACUGAACGGGUUGUCAGACAGGGCCAAAGAAGCCAAGGAGUUUCUGGUGCAGCUGCGCAACAUGGUCCAGCAGAUCCAGGAGAACAGUGUAGAGUUUGAGGCCUGCCUGGUGGCCCAGUGCGACGCCCUCAUCGACGCCCUCAACAGAAGGAAAGCCCAGCUUCUUGCACGUGUCAACAAGGAGCAUGAGCACAAGCUAAAGGUGGUUCGAGAUCAAAUCUCUCACUGCACAGUGAAAUUGCGCCAGACCACGGGUCUCAUGGAAUACUGCCUGGAGGUGAUUAAGGAAAAUGAUCCUAGUGGCUUUUUGCAGAUUUCUGACGCCCUCAUAAGGAGAGUGCACCUGACUGAGGAUCAGUGGGGGAAGGGCACACUCACUCCCAGGAUGACCACGGACUUCGACUUGAGUCUGGACAACAGCCCUCUGCUGCAAUCCAUUCACCAGCUCGACUUUGUGCAGAUGAAAGCUUCCUCUCCAGUCCCAGCAACCCCCAUCCUACAGCUGGAGGAGUGUUGCACCCACAACAACAGCGCUACGCUGUCCUGGAAACAGCCACCUCUGUCCACCGUGCCCGCUGAAGGAUACAUUCUGGAGCUGGAUGAUGGCAAUGGUGGUCAGUUCCGGGAAGUAUAUGUUGGAAAGGAGACAAUGUGCACCGUGGAUGGUCUUCACUUCAACAGCACGUACAACGCGCGUGUCAAGGCCUUCAACAAAACAGGAGUCAGCCAGUACAGCAAGACCCUGGUCCUCCAAACGUCCGAGGUGGCCUGGUUUGCUUUUGACCCUGGCUCGGCACACUCUGACAUCAUCUUCUCCAAUGACAACCUGACUGUGACCUGCAGUAGCUAUGAUGACCGGGUGGUGCUGGGGAAGACCGGCUUCUCCAAGGGUGUCCACUACUGGGAAUUAACUGUGGAUCGCUAUGACAACCACCCCGACCCUGCUUUUGGCGUGGCUCGCAUGGAUGUGAUGAAGGAUGUGAUGUUAGGAAAGGACGACAAAGCUUGGGCAAUGUACGUGGACAAUAACCGGAGCUGGUUCAUGCACAACAACUCGCACACCAACAGAACUGAGGGAGGGAUCACAAAAGGGGCCACAAUAGGGGUCCUCCUCGACUUAAAUAGAAAAACUUUGACAUUUUUUAUCAACGAUGAGCAGCAAGGGCCCAUAGCGUUCGAAAAUGUGGAGGGCCUGUUCUUCCCGGCAGUCAGCCUGAACAGGAAUGUGCAGGUCACACUUCACACCGGGCUCCCAGUCCCUGACUUCUACUCCAGCAGAGCAUCAAUUGCCUAAGGACAUGCGGUGGAGGCGCCAGCUGCCUAGUCUGACCUCCACCUGAAGAGCAACAGCAAGGAGCUCAGCCAGAGAGUGGAGAGACACCAGAGAGCUGGAAGGAGAGGAAGAAGGAGGAGAGAAAAGCUGGUCCUCUACAGUCUUUACACUCCACAGCUCCACUCCUUUUUCGUCCAACCUCUCUACUGCUGUAAUGCCUGCGUUUGCUUCCAAGUUCAGCAAUUCCAACCAACAGAAGACCUAGACAGCCCACCAUGCCACUAUUUCCACUCCCAGAUUUUACUUAUAUUUAACUUAAUUUUUUAUGUGGGUGAAUUAUAUUUUGUUCUUUUCUGAUCAUGUUAUUGGUGACUUACUGAAAUGGCACUGUCAAGAGGAAAUUCUCCUGAUAGCUUUUUUCUUGAGCUUCCUGUCAAAGAGGUUGUAGGGAGAGGAAGGAAAGAAUGAGCUGAAUUUGGAGCUUGCAGUUUACCUCCUAGAAUGUUCUUGCCCUGUUUCCUCCCAUGCAGUGUUAAUAACUCUGCAUAACUAAUCUUUGGGAGGCAGGCAGAGUGAAUGUAGCAUUGAAAAGUUUUAACUAUCCAUCAAAGCACAAAAGUAUCAGCUAUACAGCUACCCCAAAAGUUCACAGUGGGUAGGAUCAUUAGGGCGGACCAGGAACUCUGGUCACUCAGUGAAACUGGAAAAUCUCUAGACAUAGGCAGACCAGGGGACUUAACAAUUUGGUUCACUUACUUAAUCCAAGUUUUUAACUAAGAGCCUACUAUGGAGCAGGCACUGUUCUAGAUACUGGAGAAACAGCGGUGAAUACACAGGUGUGGUUUCCGCCCUCCUGGAGCUUAUAUUCUGGGAGAACAAACAAAAAUAAAAUAAUUACAAAUUGUUGUAACUAGAAAGGAAAUAAACACGGGGCAAAGAGGCUCAUUGGCAAGAUCUUUUAAAUCUCGUAGAAUGAUGCUAAAAAUCCACAUAUUCUGGCCAUAGCACCAGAAACAUACCAACUCGAUGCCUUUUCAACCGUGCUGUUUUAAUUCUGGUAACUGCUUCCAUCCAUCACAGAGCCCUUCUUUGGUAGAAAUGAUGUCAGCAUUCUUAUUUGUUAAUGCUGCCAUGAUACUAAGCCUUAAAAAUAAAUGUGAAAAAAAAGAUAGUGGCCAGAAGGAAGAGGACCCAUCGUCAGUAACGGGAGAUCUUAAGUUGCAGUCCACAGCAUUCACAUUCUCAGGAUAAACACACCUGUCUCCAUGUAUACUCUCUGUGCCUGUUACAAAUGAGAAAUCCAUCUACUCAGCUGCCAUUUACAAACUAACCUUCUGGAGCACUUCAAAUAAUGUUGGGGGCGGAAAUGGAACUGUAUGUCAUUGCUAAGACUGAGAAGAGAAUAAUAAUGUUUAUUACUUCUCUAUAGAGAUAGACUUACAUGAGUUACCCUUCAGUUUCUUUAGUUUGACAUGAAAUUUUAGAAAAUGUAGUGUCUGAAAAGAAGUUCUGGUUAUCUAAGUAUUUGCCAGCGAGUCAAGAAAUUCACUAGGAAAAAAAAACCAAGAAUUACAAAUAGAAGGGAAGAUGUAGGAUGGGAAAGCUAACAAAUGAAAGUUUGGGCAAAAAGUGAUAUAUGUAAAUAGCUAAUUAUUUACUUUUGUGCUUACUUGAUUUAGAUUAUUUUCUAGUUACGUGUACCUAAUUUAUUGAAUGGGUGCUAUCCUGUUGAUGUUCAUCUUGGUUUUUCUCGACUGUAGAAGAACUCUGUUGCAGGGCAACACUAGGUUGAUAUUUGAUUUACUCUCCAAUGAGACUCGAUGGCUGGGCUGCUGUAGACUCAUAGUUACUCCUGUUCUUUAUUAAAUUCAUCCUGCUAAUUAGAUUUCUAGUGACUUGUAACAUGUAGUUUACACAGAAUUACAAAUAGAGAUGCUUACAGCUACUGUACUAGAAAAGAAAAUGAUAUUUCUGGUGUGCCAAUAAAUAGUUUUUAUGAGAGAA